UAUAAAAUAGUAUUUUACAUGACUGACACAUGGGUUCACAUGGAUUUUUUUUUCUUUUUCAGAUCACUGACUAAAAUCAUGACGGAAAUCAUGCUGACUAUUCUUCUGCUCACGCCAAUGAUUGGCCAAGGUCAGUCAUGGGACAACUAUGGAACAACGUUCGUCACAAUAUUCCCAGAGAACAUAGCCUUCUAUUACCCACGUAGUCCAUUCAAUGCUCUCAACAUCACUGCUCUCUUUCCCAACGCUGAGGUGGAAGUCUUUGUCUCAGAAAUUUUGACAUACACAGACACACUGCAAGCAGGAAAGUCCGUAACAGUGCCUUUGCCAGUGGAUACUGAGAUAUACCAAUUUGGUCCAAUUUCUCAGACUGUCAGAAUUAGCAGCUCAGAGGUCAUCGUGGUUCAGUCGAUCAGCAAGAAAGGAGACAGUGUGCAAACUAAUGUCAUUCAGCCUAGGAAAAACCUUGGUACUGUUUAUACCAUCCCCUCACUGAAUUACAGCCAGAUGAUUAAUACUUUUCAUCGGUCGGCAAAAAAUGUCAGCAAGAGAUAUAGGUCUUUCAGGCUGGUUAUUAUCAAUGGAAUGAAUAACAUUAAUGUUGUCACAAUUGUAAAAACGCCUGUAAACGAGACCUACACACUCAGUGCCUUCGCCGCUCUCCAGCUCCAAAUCAACGGGACAGAAACUGCGGUUUAUUCUAAAUAUAGCGUGGCUGUGAUGCUGACCCAUCCAUGUGUGGAAAUGGAAGAAUGCAGAUGCAACAUGGUGCUGAACCAACUUUUACCUGACACUCUAUGGGAUAGCUCAUUCGUCAUACCCUCAAUACUCAACACCAGCAACUUUUGGCUACAUGUGUCGUCCUCAGUGAAAACCAGUGCCACUGGCGGGAAUCUAGAACUGAACACUUUGGAUGCCUAUUCCUCAAAACUCCUGUCCCUUCCGUCUCUGCAGUUAGGAUCCCAGUUUAUCACCACAUCUAAUCUUGCUUCCCUCAGGCUUGUUGUUCCAGGCAUGAUCAUUGAACCGAUCGCACAAUAUAUGUUCUCUGCGUGCUACCUAGCGCCUGUCAGCUCGACAGAUGCCAUGGCCUUAAUCAUUGCAGAAACAAACUACAGGGAUAGUGUGUACAUAGAUGGUGAUUUGCUUUUAUCCAAUAAAUGGAGCCCCAUCGCCAAUUCGGCGUACUCGUCUGUGUUAGUGUCACUUGAUGACACGCACGUCAUUUGGCAUCCAUCCACAAAGAUCGCCGUGUAUGUGUUUGAGAAGAGCACAAUCGUGUAUGGAGGCCCAGCUAUAGCUUUAAGCGGAAAACCAGACCCUUUAGGCUGUGCAUUGGUUCCUUCUAAGUUUGACGUCAUCGUCAAACCUCUGUCCUGGCCUGAAUCCCAUCAGUACUGCAUGCUCAUAAGUGAUGAGCUAUUCAGUCCCAGCAAUGAAGCGGCCGAAAUAGAGAUGGUCAACAUUCUGAAAAAUGAAAGCAUAAACGAGGGGGUCUGGAUCGGUGUGCGUCGCAGCCUGCUGACGUUGGACUGGUACCAGCAGAAGGGUAACAGCUCUCAAAACUUGACAUACACGCGGUGGGGAAACCAGGAGCCGGGUGUUCUUGCAAAGGGCAUGUGUGUUUCAGUUUUCUGGACCUCAGGCCUGGAUUUCAGUUGGGAAACUGAGAAAUGCUGUACUCCAUUAAAGUCUGUCUGCUACACAAGGCCUAAGUACUUUCCGAUCUCAAAUAAGAUGGCAAGUAAAACAGAAAGAGAUGCUGGAAAAAAAUGAAAGAUAAUAAAAACUGGCCAGGGAAAAUAAGUUGCCAGAAGAGGAUGACAUUUUUGUUUAUAGUUUACUAUUUAUAGCUGUAUACGUCUUUGAAUAAUAUUUUGAUAAAACACAAACCUUCUUAACCUUCAUGUUGUGUUCCAGUCAUUCUGACAGAUGAAUUUUAGCUUAUGAAUGUCAGUUUUUGAGUAAAUAUUUCCAGAAUUAUCCAUAAAUAAUACUUUUUUUCACUUAAAAACUGAGGUGCGUACAUUUAGAUCAAUGAGGCUGAUCAAUCAGUUAAUGAAAAGAAUAAAACAAGUUGACUGAUUGCAAAUUUUGGUGAUAAUAUAGCUUAACAAGAGAUUUGCAAGUAAUUUUAAAGGCUGUUUAUUUUUGACUGGUUUUCUGCAAAGCACAAGGGUUAAACCAGAAUAACUCUAGUUUAUGCUAGUAAAUAGAUUAGAAUAAAGAUGUUAAAUCCAAUAUAAGUAGUGAAGUUGUUUUGUCACAAAUACAUAUAUAUAUUUGUCACAUAUAUAUUGUAAGUAGCCUAGAUCGUAUUCAC